AGCACAGCGAGCUCUUAGCACCUCACACGAGCACAUAAGAGACAAUGUCAGUACCGCUGUCUUCAAAGGAGCAGUCUCUGUUCAAACAGGUCGUUCAGCUCUACGAAUCAAAACAGUACAAGAGAGGAAUCAAGACUGCCGACCAGGUGUUGAAAAAGGUUCCCAACCAUGGCGACACUCAGGCCAUGAAGGCCUUGAUCCUCAACUCUCAGGGCAAGACCGACGAGGCCUUUGACCUUGCCAAGCUCGCUCUCAAGAAUGCCAUGAAGUCCAAUGUCUGUUGGCACGUCUAUGGGUUGCUGUACCGCUCCGUCAAGAACUACGAUGAAGCCAUCAAGGCCUACAAGUUCGCUCUGCGCCUCGAUCCCGACUCUCGCCAGAUCCAGCGCGACCUCUCGCUUCUCCAGGCUCAGACCCGCGACUGGAAGGGUCUUAUCGACAGUCGCAGAACAAUGUUGACGGCCUCUUCGGGUGUCCGCGCAAACUGGACUGCCUUGGCCAUCGCCCAACACAUGGCUGGCGACUACUCGGCCGCCGAGAAGGUAUUGAACAUGUACGAAGAGACGCUCAAGAACCCCCCGCAAGCAACCGAUCUCGAACACCACGAAGCCGUCCUGUACAAGAACACCAUCAUCGCCGAGUCCGGUGACUACGAGCGCGCCCUUCAAGGUCUCAAGGCCCUCUACAAGUCCAACCCCGACCGAACUGCCGUCAUGGAGCUUAGAGCCGAGUACUUGUUGAAGCUGCAUCGCAAAGAGGAGGCUGAGAAGGCAUACCGCGCUCUUUUGAGCAGAAACGCCGAGAGACGCGCAUACUACGACGGCUUGGAGAAGGCUCUUGGUCUCGACAAGAACGACCCUGCCGCGCACACCCAACUGCUGCAUCUGUACAAGUCUUUUGCCGAGAAGAGCGACAGAAUUGAUGCACCCAGACGUGUGCCUCUCGACUUCCUGCAGGGCGAUGCUUUCCGCGACGCUGUCGACGCCUACCUGACACGAGUCUUCCGCAAGGGUGUUCCUUCGACUUUCGCAAACCUCAAGGCCCUGUACAACGACGAAUCAAAGAAGCAGACCAUUGAAGAACUCGUCCUCGGCUACGCUUCGCAAAACAACGAGGAGAACGGCAAGAACUGGGACCUCGCUGUCAACUACUUCCUCGCACAACACUACGAUUACCACCUCUGCCGCAAUCUCGAAAAGGCCUCCGAAUACAUUGAAAAGACAAUCGCUCUCAACACAAACCCUCAAGACUACACUUUCCACCUCACAAAAGCAAGAAUCACAAAACACUCUGGCGAUCUCGAAAAGGCGUCCAAGCAAAUGAACGAGGCUCGCGAGAUGGACCUCGCAGACCGCUACAUCAACACAAAGUGCGCAAAAUACCAAUUACGAAACAACCAAAACGAUACCGCUAUCGAGACCAUGGGUCUGUUCACUCGCAAAGAAGCCAACGGUGGCCCCCUGGGUGAUCUACUCGACAUGCAAUGCAUGUGGUACCUCUUUGAGGACGGCGAGGCCUACAAGCGUCAAAACAAGUUGGGUCUGGCACUCAAGCGCUUCAAGUCCAUCCACGACAUCUUUGACGUCUGGUACGAGGAUCAAUUCGACUUCCACAGUUUCUCCCUUAGGAAGGGUAUGAUCCGCGCGUACGUCGACAUGAUCAGAUGGGAGGACCACUUGCGUCAACAUCCCUUUUACUCCAGAGCUGCAUACUCUGCCAUUGACAUUUACGUCAAGCUGUUCGACGACCCCAACUACGGCUCGACGAACGGCGAUCUCAGCGACGCAGACAAGAAAAAGGCGGAGAAAAAGGCACGCAAGGAAAAGGAAAAGGCAGAAGCUGAUAAGAAGGCUGCUGCUGCCGCAAAGGCGACCGCCACCUCGGAAGACAUCGUCAAGAAGGAAGACACGGAUCCUCACGGCGAAGAGCUAAUCAAGACCAAGGACCCUCUGGGUGAAGCCAUGAAGUACCUUUCACCACUCCUCGAGCAAAGCCCCCUCAACAUCAAGUCGCAACAAGCCGGCUUCGAAGUCUUUGUGCGUAGGGAAAAGUACCUACCCGCCCUGAAAUGCCUGGUCGCGGCUUCCAAAAUCGACAACAAUGACGCAACACUCAAGGAACAAAGUGCUCGUUUGCGCAAGACCUUGUCGGAGCUCAAAGAGCCGCUUCCGGAGAAGAUCAAGGAGGUUGUUGAUGCCGAGUUGGCUACACUGCCAUGAGGAUAUCGUUGGCAUUUUUCUAUAUACACCUCAUCAUGCAGAAGAGAAAAAGUAUACUUGUUGCCGCUUCUUUGUUUCUUGACUUGUGCUAUCUCCAUCUAUGUACGUGAGGUGUAAAAGGGAUGCUGUAGAUAUGCAGAGUAUUUUCCCCGACGUGGGGGAGAUGUCAAGGGGAUAGUGGUGAAAGUGCGAUAUUCCCCUGGAUCGUAGGCAAGGUUCCCAAAUGUUAUUGUGCAGUAAGACGGCUGAGUCUUUCUUUUUUUAUAUCGCUGGGAGGGAUGGCUGGGGAGAGAUGGGAAAAGUGAUGGGGGAUGUAAUGUCUUUUUGACUUUUGAUGGGUUGUAGUUCUCUCCACUGGACAAGCGAGCGUGAUUUGGAAAGAAAAAAAAAGACUGUGCAUUUAGACAGCUGCAUUUUGGUAAUGGCUGUGUUUGGGUUAGGGAGAGAAGGAGAUGGAUUUUAGGUCUACUGCUUUCUAG